GCGAGCCUCGCCUCGCUGAUUCUGGACGGAAUGGUCUGUGCCGUCAGCAGGAGAGGGAGCCUCCAAAGGCGCGUAGGGGGUCGUCUUAUCGGCAAGCUGUUAGCCGUGUAGUACCGGUGUAAUCGAUACUACCGAUUGGGAUGUGCAGUGGGGAGGAGGGAAAACCUGACGUAUUGCUGCUGGGAACAUAUAACGUGUGCCUUCUGAAGAUCUGGCCGGUUCAGACAGUAAAGUUAUUAUCCUAUGCUUGCUAUCAAUAAAACAAGAAUUCUGCUUCUAAGAUUAGAAGAUGAAUAAUCUUUCAUUUAGUGAACUCUGCUGCCUAUUCUGCUGUCCGCCAUGUCCAGGCAAAAUUGCUUCCAAACUGGCAUUUUUGCCCCCAGACCCCACGUAUACACUGAUGUGUGAUGAAAGUGGCAGUCGCUGGACUCUACACCUUUCUGAUCGUGCUGAUUGGCAGUACUCUUCAAGAGAAAAGGAUGCCAUUGAAUGUUUCAUGACUAGAACCAGCAAAGGUAACAGGAUUGCCUGUAUGUUCGUGCGUUGUUCUCCUAACGCCAAGUAUACUUUGCUUUUCUCACAUGGAAAUGCUGUUGACUUAGGGCAGAUGAGCAGCUUUUACAUAGGACUUGGUUCACGGAUUAAUUGCAACAUAUUUUCAUAUGAUUAUUCUGGAUAUGGAGCAAGUUCUGGAAAACCGACAGAGAAGAAUCUGUAUGCUGACAUCGAUGCUGCUUGGGUAGCUCUUAGAACAAGGUAUGGAAUCCGCCCUGAAAAUGUGAUUAUAUAUGGCCAAAGUAUAGGAACAGUGCCAUCUGUGGACCUUGCUGCUCGUUAUGAAAGUGCUGCUGUCAUUCUUCAUUCUCCUCUAACCUCAGGGAUGCGUGUAGCUUUUCCUGAUACUAAGAAGACCUACUGCUUUGAUGCAUUCCCCAACAUUGACAAAAUCUCUAAAAUAACAUCUCCAGUGUUAAUAAUUCAUGGAACUGAAGAUGAAGUUAUUGACUUUUCACAUGGCCUAGCAUUAUUUGAACGCUGCCAAAGACCUGUGGAACCACUGUGGGUAGAAGGAGCAGGACACAAUGAUGUUGAACUUUACGGACAAUAUCUUGAAAGAUUAAAACAAUUUGUUUCUCAAGAACUGGUGAAUUUGUAAAUUACUUAUAUAGUUUCUUGCUGUUGAAUUUUGUUGCAGAACUGCACAACUUAGUAACCACAACAUAAAACCUGAUGGUUUUGUUUUCAAAUCAAGUGAGUUGCCUUCACAAAUGUACAGGUAAUGAUUUGUAAACAUACUUAAUGAAGGUUUUAAAACCAGUGUUAACUGGAACAGUGAAUAAUAGAGACAAGCUUGUGUGGUUUGUCUAUUUUGUGCAAGUUUUCUUAAACUAUACUUAAGUCAAUUUGCAAGUCUUUCUUAAGAUGUAUAAAAAUCAUAGGGAGGAAAGUGAAAUUUUAAUUAUGUUAAAUCAGAUGCUGUAAAAGCGUUGCCAAAUUCUUUAGUAUAUCUAACAAGUUUAUAUACAAUAUUUUUAAAACAUCUCAAAGUAUACUGUGAGUUACUCUGUUGCACAGGUGUAAUUGAAGCAGUUAAGAAAAGAUAUAAAAACAUCCACUGGAUUUUACAGGCACUGUUAUGUAGGGAACAAGUCAAAACAGAUGUUUUAUUAAUUUUUCAUGUCUUAUUCUCAAUGUUGCCUCUCUCUUUUCUUGGAUGAUGGAUAGCCAAAAAUGCCUAUUUGGCCACUCAAGUUGCUCUGCAAAAACGAGCACAAAUGCUGGUUCUUCUUAAAAUGUCUUAUUAACAUAAUCCAUAGUAAAGGUACUAAAUUCUUCUGUGGUUUUCCUGAAAUCAUUAAGACUUGUAAAGAUCUUCCUACUUGGCCAUUUUGAACUGAUCAUGUGAAGAAUCAGAACGGCACUAGUAAUUGUCAAUAGUGAUCUGAGAUUAGUAUUGGAAGACAUGGAAAGUUGAAGUUGUCAUUUUAGGUUUGAUGUGAAUGUUUAUAUGUGUCAGACUGUUUCAGUUAUGAGAAUUCUACUAAUGUAAUCCUAUAUAGUGAAAAGAAUGUUCACAAUUAACUGAUAGUAAAAUAAGUUGCCUUUCCCUUGAAUAAAUUUUGCUUGAAUAAAAUAUAAUAGACCUACAGAAGUAGCCUAAUUUGUAAACAAAGUAAUACUCCAAUAUACACUGUGCUUCUAAUUUUAAAGCCUUAUGUACUAUAUUUGUUUGCUCAAUGUUGUGAUUGUCUGUCUGAGAAUACUGAUUAAUGUAUUAUGUAUUGUGAAUGCUUAGGUUCCAGUGUGUUAAACUAAACGAGAAGUUCCACUCAUUUGAUACUGAGUUGUUUCUGCAAAGCGUAAACUGUAAAUUCCUGACUAAUCAAUGCUUCAUGAUGAGAGAAAAACUAGAAUAGCAUAUAAUUCCUGAUGUCCUCAGAAUAUCUUGCCAAAAGCUGCUGCUCUAAUUACCUUGCCCUCUUUCUUUCCAGAGGUUCUCUUAUUUUCAUCACAUUUCUGCUUGAGUCAAGGUAUUCUGGCCAUCUUUAGUAAUUCUAGCUUCUAAUUUAACCUUUGAAUAGAUUUUAUGUUUUAUAAAUGAAGGACUGAACAAAUUAAAUAUACAGAGGAUGGCAUUUUUAGACUGUCAGGAAGUAGCAAAUAUUGAAGGUUUCAAGCAGUUACUAUAUUUUACUCAACUGAAACAUGAAGUAAUAUGAUGACACAUUUGUACACUACCUGUUUUUCAUUCUCCCCAGAGUGUGUAGGGGUAACUGCUGCCAUUAUCCAAAUAAUGGCUUCACAUAAUCUCUCCCUAAGUCACACUAAGACACUUAGUGUUUGUGUGUUUCCCUAAACAGAAGUAAAUGGGUUGAAGAAGAAGAGAAACUAGUUAGCCCGUAAGAACUGAUCUUGUGUUAGUGAAGAAAGGCUUUCAGUGCCAGUAGAAAAAACAUAUCUCUUGUUCAAUUUGUUAAAGACUACAAAUUGGAAAUGUCUGCUAGCUUUGCUUCAUGCUCUGUGAGGUAGCUUAAGAUAAAAUUAGCAUGUAAAUUUAAGUGCCUGAGUAAAAUCUGGUGGCUUACAAUAUUGCAAAAUAUUCAUGCAUUCAUAACAUUGAGACCUUUGAAAGUGUCACAACUUAAUAGAGCAAUUUUAUAGUGUGCAACUUGAAUUUUUAUAGGCUUUAUCUUCAUUCAGGUAUUUUUUGAAUAUCUAUUCUGCAUUAUGAAAAUCACCAAGUUUAGUUAUCUUUCAUGAGAGUAGAAACCUGUUCACUUCUGAAGUCCAGUUCUGUGAGUAUGUCUGAUAUAGUCAGUGCUUAUAAAAGCAAUUCUGCGUUUUCUAAGGAAAAGUUGCUUCCAUGGAAUAUAGAUCCUAUGCUGUAGUUAGUUCAGAUGUGAUAUUGUGUAAAGGGGAAAUUGCUGGCUAAGUUAAUUGCUUGGAUAGUGGAAAUCUUAGUUGUUCCCUUUCAGCCCAAAUUAUAAGAAGGCACAUAACAGUAGUGUUAAUUCUGCAUCACUUUUUAACUUUUUUGUAUAAUUCUUCCUAAUAUCAGUUCAUUUAAGCUCUUAAAAAGUGUAUCUUGGCAAUAUUUACUUUUUAAAAAAGCAAAUGAAGGUAUCAUAUUUUUAGUAGCUAUAUAUCUGCACUAAGAAUUGAAUUGGGGUUAGUAGCUAAACUACCACUCUGUAUGUUUUCAGUAUGUAGUUCCAUUUUGGCAUUGAUUUGAGAUUAUAAUGUCAGCUGUUUCUCAGCUUGCUGUAAGAUGGCUGCUGCCAUAUGGAGAGCUAUUACCAAUCCAUUUUGAGAAGGCAGAAAAAUGAAUUUUAUCUCACCUUCAUUGCCCCAUAUUUCAGAUUGUUGUAAUGAGGCAGAAGAAUUUUCCUCAGUUUAUAGGAUCAAACAAUGCACCUGAAGUUGCCUCUCUAAACAUACAAGUGACUGCUGUGGCAAACAGGACAUCCGUAUUCCCCCUGAAGGAAUUUGUGGGUCAUAUAACCAUUCAUUUCUUUAUUGGAUAUAAAAGAGGAAGGGUGCAGCAUGUGGAUAUAGCAGAUCAUAAUAAUUAUUAGAGGGGCUGUAACUACCUAUGGGAAAAGGUUAUAUAAAUUGUGUACUGUUUGUUUCUCAUGCAUGGAGAUAAGUGAUGAAUUUUGUCAGACUGUGCCUUUUCCUGAGCACUUUUGACUUAUCUGGGUCAUGCAUGUUGACUGUUGUGGGCUGGUGGAAGAAAGCUUCUACUUCCUAAUUCAGAGUUAAAGAGAAGCUAUCAAAAUAUUGGGGGGGGGGGGGUGUUGAAAAUACUGAAAGCAAAGAAUGUUCCUAUUUGCUCAUAGAUAAAAGAAUCGAGUUGCCUGCUUCAACAUAUUUUGCACAAGGCUUUUAUGAGGUGGGCUACAGAGACAGCCUUUCUGUGCCAAGAGAGGUAAGUAUAGCUUUUAUUGCACUUCCAUUCAGUAGAGCCCUGCUAUUAAAACCAAAAUCCUAUUAACCUAGAUGCUUCCAAGCUUGACCUGAUGCUGAUUCUUCACUGAGACAUUUCAGAGCUACUGGUGAGCAGUGAUUACUGCAUUAAGCGAGAAGCCACUGAUCAAAAAGUCUAGCUAACUUAUAAUUGAGACUAAUGCUUGAAGUAUUGGAAGGAAGGAAAAGGCAGCUGUAAACUUUCGUCUUUGUUUUGUUCUGUGUUGUGUAUGGCAGGUCAUAAAACAAGCUGGGCAGAAAAGUAAUGUGGAUGGCUGGGGAGAAAAGCAGGCUAUCAGACUGAAUCCUGCUACCUUCAAAAGCAAAAUGGACACUUGUUUCACAACACUGGUUUCAGUCUGAGCACUACCUCAAACCACGCUGUUACUUUGGGAUACUUGAGUCCCUGCCUUUGGAAGUGUGUUAGAAGACAGUUAUGGUUUGAUUAAUACAGUGAACAAUGUUUUCCAUAAACAGUGCUGGUAAUUCUCUAAAACAAAAAUCAUUUGCAUUGAGUUGAAGAUGAAAGAUGUUAAAUGUACUUUCCAGCUAUUGGCUAACUAUGUUUUCUUUUCUGGUAAGAGUUGGAUUAAUCUUAAUGUUGGAUCUAAACCUUAUCCACUGUCUUAACUGCUCAAAAAUUCUGCUGACAAUUGUACAUUAAGACAAUUCAAAUAAAACCCAGUUUUUGACUAUA